AUGGGCCCUGGUUUGGUCGCGCGGCGGCGAGGCGCCUGUGCGCAGUGGCAGUUUGUUGUGCCGCGGGCCGCACAACGACGGCGGGAUCGAGUCCCGCCACGGUUCAAGCGGUGGGUUGGUAAACCCGGCGGCGCGGCACCAGGCAACAGUAGGGGCGUGUCCACGACGCGCUGUCGCGCCUGGCGGUGUGUGAUGGGCCCUGGUUUGGUCGCGCGGCGGCGAGGCGCCUGUGCGCAGUGGCAGUUUGUUGUGCCGCGGGCCGCACAACGACGGCGGGAUCGAGUCCCGCCACGGUUCAAGCGGUGGGUUGGUAAACCCGGCGGCGCGGCACCAGGCAACAGUAGGGGCGUGUCCACGACGCGCUGUCGCGCCUGGCGGUGUGUGAUGGGCCCUGGUUUGGUCGCGCGGCGGCGAGGCGCCUGUGCGCAGUGGCAGUUUGUUGUGCCGCGGGCCGCACAACGACGGCGGGAUCGAGUCCCGCCACGGUUCAAGCGGUGGGUUGGUAAACCCGGCGGCGCGGCACCAGGCAACAGUAGGGGCGUGUCCACGACGCGCUGUCGCGCCUGGCGGUGUGUGAUGGGCCCUGGUUUGGUCGCGCGGCGGCGAGGCGCCUGUGCGCAGUGGCAGUUUGUUGUGCCGCGGGCCGCACAACGACGGCGGGAUCGAGUCCCGCCACGGUUCAAGCGGUGGGUUGGUAAACCCGGCGGCGCGGCACCAGGCAACAGUAGGGGCGUGUCCACGACGCGCUGUCGCGCCUGGCGGUGUGUGAUGGGCCCUGGUUUGGUCGCGCGGCGGCGAGGCGCCUGUGCGCAGUGGCAGUUUGUUGUGCCGCGGGCCGCACAACGACGGCGGGAUCGAGUCCCGCCACGGUUCAAGCGGUGGGUUGGUAAACCCGGCGGCGCGGCACCAGGCAACAGUAGGGGCGUGUCCACGACGCGCUGUCGCGCCUGGCGGUGUGUGAUGGGCCCUGGUUUGGUCGCGCGGCGGCGAGGCGCCUGUGCGCAGUGGCAGUUUGUUGUGCCGCGGGCCGCACAACGACGGCGGGAUCGAGUCCCGCCACGGUUCAAGCGGUGGGUUGGUAAACCCGGCGGCGCGGCACCAGGCAACAGUAGGGGCGUGUCCACGACGCGCUGUCGCGCCUGGCGGUGUGUGAUGGGCCCUGGUUUGGUCGCGCGGCGGCGAGGCGCCUGUGCGCAGUGGCAGUUUGUUGUGCCGCGGGCCGCACAACGACGGCGGGAUCGAGUCCCGCCACGGUUCAAGCGGUGGGUUGGUAAACCCGGCGGCGCGGCACCAGGCAACAGUAGGGGCGUGUCCACGACGCGCUGUCGCGCCUGGCGGUGUGUGAUGGGCCCUGGUUUGGUCGCGCGGCGGCGAGGCGCCUGUGCGCAGUGGCAGUUUGUUGUGCCGCGGGCCGCACAACGACGGCGGGAUCGAGUCCCGCCACGGUUCAAGCGGUGGGUUGGUAAACCCGGCGGCGCGGCACCAGGCAACAGUAGGGGCGUGUCCACGACGCGCUGUCGCGCCUGGCGGUGUGUGAUGGGCCCUGGUUUGGUCGCGCGGCGGCGAGGCGCCUGUGCACAGUGGCAGUUUGUUGUGCCGCGGGCCGCACAACGACGGCGGGAUCGAGUCCCGCCACGGUUCAAGCGGUGGGUUGGUAAACCCGGCGGCGCGGCACCAGGCAACAGUAGGGGCGUGUCCACGACGCGCUGUCGCGCCUGGCGGUGUGUGAUGGGCCCUGGUUUGGUCGCGCGGCGGCGAGGCGCCUGUGCGCAGUGGCAGUUUGUUGUGCCGCGGCGGCUUCCGCCUGUCCUGCUGCCCCUCCACGCUGCCUGCACUGACCCCGCCUUCGCCCCUCGUGCCUGGAAGGCCGCACAACGACGGCGGGAUCGAGUCCCGCCACGGUUCAAGCGGUGGGUUGGUAAACCCGGCGGCGCGGCACCAGGCAACAGUAGGGGCGUGUCCACGACGCGCUGUCGCGCCUGGCGGUGUGUGAUGGGCCCUGGUUUGGUCGCGCGGCGGCGAGGCGCCUGUGCGCAGUGGCAGUUUGUUGUGCCGCGGGCCGCACAACGACGGCGGGAUCGAGUCCCGCCACGGUUCAAGCGGUGGGUUGGUAAACCCGGCGGCGCGGCACCAGGCAACAGUAGGGGCGUGUCCACGACGCGCUGUCGCGCCUGGCGGUGUGUGAUGGGCCCUGGUUUGGUCGCGCGGCGGCGAGGCGCCUGUGCGCAGUGGCAGUUUGUUGUGCCGCGGGCCGCACAACGACGGCGGGAUCGAGUCCCGCCACGGUUCAAGCGGUGGGUUGGUAAACCCGGCGGCGCGGCACCAGGCAACAGUAGGGGCGUGUCCACGACGCGCUGUCGCGCCUGGCGGUGUGUGAUGGGCCCUGGUUUGGUCGCGCGGCGGCGAGGCGCCUGUGCGCAGUGGCAGUUUGUUGUGCCGCGGGCCGCACAACGACGGCGGGAUCGAGUCCCGCCACGGUUCAAGCGGUGGGUUGGUAAACCCGGCGGCGCGGCACCAGGCAACAGUAGGGGCGUGUCCACGACGCGCUGUCGCGCCUGGCGCGGCUUCCGCCUGUCCUGCUGCCCCUCCACGCUGCCUGCACUGACCCCGCCUUCGCCCCUCGUGCCUGGCAGGCCGCACAACGACGGCGGGAUCGAGUCCCGCCACGGUUCAAGCGGUGGGUUGGUAAACCCGGCGGCGCGGCACCAGGCAACAGUAGGGGCGUGUCCACGACGCGCUGUCGCGCCUGGCGGUGUGUGA